AUGACUAGGCUUCGAGGAGACGCCGGGAGAAUGGGACUGGAGGUGCACCCGUACAAGAUGGGCUGGUACAAUGCCAAGGUCGAGGAGGCUUUCCGCUUUCCCCUCCACCACGACACCCUGGCCGUUCUAGUAGUCAGCACCCCGGCCAUGUUCGAGAAGCUCUUCCUUCCAUUUCUCAUGGAGGAGAGUUUCACGACUGAGAAGGUGGACCCGCUGGAUGCUUGCAUCAGAGCAGCAAUGAAAGACACAUCCAAACACUUCCCCACAGAGUACAAGGUCGAGUUCGUCCAAGACUCUGACUUGCUGCCCAGCAGACGACCGAGGAUUCUGGUCCAGACUGCGGGCCACGUCUCCGGUGCUGCCUACUACUAUCAGAGAACGGAUGUAGAUCCACAACCGUGGAGCCAAGAGAGCCCUAUGUAUGGGGUGUCGGUUCACCCUAAAUACGGAGGGUGGUUCGCACUCCGUGGUGUGCUAAUCUUCAACGGUCUCCUUGCUCCUGGGCUUGUAGAGAAACCUCCAAUUGACUGUGUGUCCUCCAGUCGAGACCAGAGAAUAAAACUCCUGGAGAAGUUUAACUACUCCUGGCAGGACUAUGGGUACAGGGACGUCGUUGACGGGGGACACGUUGAGGAUAGGUACUCUGAAAGACAGAAACGUACUUUUCAACUGUACCGAGAGAGAGAUUUGAGCUUGUGCGUAAAUGGAGGACAAGAACCUAAAAUGGUUACGUCGUCUGACAUUCAGCUCUCUCUUAAUUCACUACUCACUUAUUUCAAUCUUUUGUCGCCAGCAGUAUCCCAAAUUAGGACAGUGUAUCCCCUAAACUUCCUAUAA